AGCUGGAGUCUUGCCUAGGCGCGCUGUGUCUUGUGGGUGGAAGCGCGCUGAGAGGGUUUGGCUUUUCGCGCAGUGCAGUGGCUGGGCGACCUGGGGCUAACAGUGAGACACUUGAAUUAUUAGCCUUAGGAAAUGAGAAAUGGAGGAGCCAUAGAACAUUAAGGAUGAAUUCAGGAAGGCCCGAGACCAUGGAAAACUUGCCUGCUCUCUACACUAUUUUCCAAGGGGAGGUUGCUAUGGUCACUGACUAUGGAGCCUUUAUCAAAAUCCCAGGCUGUCGGAAACAAGGUCUUGUCCACCGAACUCACAUGUCAUCCUGUCGGGUAGAUAAGCCCUCUGAGAUAGUAGAUGUCGGAGACAAAGUGUGGGUGAAGCUUAUUGGCCGAGAGAUGAAAAAUGAUAGGAUGAAAGUAUCUCUCUCCAUGAAAGUUGUCAACCAAGGGACUGGGAAAGACCUGGAUCCCAACAACGUUAUUAUUGAGCAAGAAGAGAGGCGGAGACGGUCCUUCCAGGAUUACACUGGGCAGAAGAUCACACUCGAGGCUGUCCUAAACACUACCUGCAAGAAGUGUGGCUGUAAAGGCCACUUUGCAAAGGAUUGUUUCAUGCAGCCAGGUGGGACCAAGUACUCUCUGAUACCUGAUGAGGAAGAGGAGAAGGAAGAGGCAAAGUCAGCGGCAAAGUCAGCAGAGUUCGAGAAGCCUGACCCCACGAAGAAUUCUAGAAAAAGAAAGAAGUUUUUAAAUUUUCUUUUCAGGAAAAGAAGAAAAAGAAACAUAGAGACAGGAAGUCAUCUGACUCUGACAGCUCAGACUCUGAGAGUGAAACAGGCAAGAGGGCAAGACAUACAUCAAAAGACAGCAAGGCAGCAAAGAAGAAGAAGAAGAAAAAGAAGCAUAAAAAGAAGCACAAGGAGUGAGAGUGGAAAGAGUGGAGGGGGUGGUUGAGAGAAUAAGGAACCAAGAGCUUUGUCCCUUGAAGCCUUUGGUCCUGAAAAGACUCAGUAGUGAGAAAAAGGUCUCCCACCCCAUUUUCUUCUCUCCCAUGGGAGAUGGCUUCCCCUCAUGUAGCAGGCAUGGUUGGGAGUUAGAUGUCAAUAGUAGCUGCCUGAAUGAGUUAUUUCCUUAUCACUCCUGGUCCCUUCGCAAGUGACCUCUGCAGCUCACCCAUGCACUCACCUAACAUCAUUCAGCAGGAGAUCCCAUUGCCCUCUCCAGCUGCAACUGCCAGAGCUGGAUUCCUAUAUAGGAGCCCAGGCUAGAGCCACAGGUACUGCUGUGGAGGUUGAGUCUGGCUGUAGUCAGAGAAGAACAGAGUAAUCAGCCGCUCCCUGCUGGUCUGUCCUGGGUUGAUUGGUGGGUGAUCCUUGUUGCCUCCAGCAUGGGGGCAGAGAGAGACUGGAAGCAUGAGGGAGAGCAUGGUAAGAAGUGGUGCUCACUUCCUCCAUUCUCUGUAACAUGGCUCUACUCUGUACAAGUGCCAGCCGUUGGCCACAGCCAGAAAAUGAUAGUUUACAGUGACUGAGCCUGUGUGUGACAUUCUGCCAGACCACUGAACCAGACAGCCCAAGCCAAGAUCAUUGCUCUACUGUGUAUUUACUACUGUGCAAGUCAGUCAGUUCCACUUCAGGUCUCUGCUUAAAUUCCUGGCAUUUGAUGGAAAUGUGUUUGGUUUUCAACUUACUAAAAGUUCUUAUUCCUUUAAUCCCUCUUCCUGGGUAACUUACAAACUUAAAGUCACUGAGCUUGCAUUAGUCGAGAAACAUUUAAUAUGAUACUUUAUAUGUUGGAGAGAGGCCCAGCUCAAGUACAGAGCCAGGUGCACUAGCAGGUCACAGCCUUCUUGGGACAUCACUUAUAAGCCCUCCUCUCUAACGAUCAGAUGACCUCAUCCCCCCAGAGUUGAGUAGAGAACCAGCAAGAAUUUAUAACCAAGAGUACUGGCCUGAGGCAUAGGCCAGAGCUCAGCAGUCAUCUUGGCCAGUGGUCAUUUUCUUCCACUGCCAUGGCACAAGCCUGGAUAUGAUGUCCACAGUCUGAGUUCUAGAAAGGGACAGACCAAAGCAUUCCAUAGAAAAAGAAAACUGCCCAGCUCCAAGAGCAUUCUGUGUGGGAUAGAUGCACUGGGAAGGCUCUCGCACCAAGUUUUCCAGGUUGGGCUAGCUCAUCUGACCAUGGGGGGCAGUGUAAAGGUAAGGUGUAGGUACAGAUGUUUUAUUACUGAAUGCAUAAGGUGAUCGCUGACUACCACUGUCCCUGAGACUGUCCAUUCCAGUCUCUCAUCCAGUGUUUCUGUGUGAUCUUCAGACAGUCAUUUCUGUCCAUGGGCUGACUUACAGGGGAAACAGACUU